AAAGUGUUCGUCCCAGCUGGUACUUAACCCCUCCCUGCCCCAUCCAUCUUCCGUAUUUCUAAAAACAAAUGCAGGUUCUGCGUUUUCCGUACACCCAGCACCAACCCGCAACGCCGCAGGCCCAGUCUACAGAUCGCCCAAACAGCGACGCGCACAUCGGGAUCUCGACAUCGGCACCGAAGCGAGCGAGAGCGAGUUCGACGUGGAGAUGGAAGGGUAUCCUGCACGGGGAAUGCGGAGGGGCAUGGGGUAUGGAGGACGAAGAGGGGGCAUGGGGGUUCGCGAGAUGGAUAUGCGAUCUAGAUCUGCGCCGGAGAUGUAUAUGGGACCGCAGCCGGGGAUGGGUAUGAUGGGGAGUCCUAGGAUGGGUGGUAGGGGCAUGGCUGGGAUGGGCAUGGGCAUGGGAAUGCCGAGUCCGAGGAUGGGCGGCCGGGGGAUGAAUGGUAUGGGGAUGGGGAUGCCGAGUCCACGGAUGAAUCCUAUGGGUAUGGCUGGGAUGGGGGGAAGGGGCAUGCCGCCAGAGUACACUCCUAUGCCCGCCAUGCCACACUAUGGCGGCGGCGGCGGUGGUGGUGGUGGCGGUAUGCCCAACGCUGCUGAGAACCCCUAUGCAUAUCCGCCCGCGCCAUCAGAAUCCACCAGCUCCCCAUCCGUAGCACCCCUACAGCCACAGCCGCGACGCCCGGGUCGACCCCCAGGCCUCUACGAGCGCGUCCCCAUGGCUGCUUACACUGCGCCAUCGAAACCCACACGCUCGUAUACCGAGCCGCCUACAUCUACAAAACUAAACCGCAAUCAACCUGCUAGCAAAAAGGUUGGACCUUCAGGUCGUGAAUGGCUGGACGGCGACGCGUUCCUCGAUGCCUGUGUGUGCACGACGAACUGCACGUGCCGCAAGGGCCACCGGGUGUUAUACCGGUCGAAAGACGACGCAUGGGACGAAGAUGCCGAGGGAGAGAACAGGUACGGGAGUGGAGAGAUACGGUACAUCCUCAAGGAAGACUUGGGGCGGGAUUGUGGAGAUCACGAGGGGUGCAAAGAGAAGAAGAGCACGAAGAGCUCUGACGACGAAUCAGCGAGAAAGGAGCGCAAAAAGGGGAAGAAACAGGUGAAGAAGGAGAAAGAGAAGUUUGAAGGGUUCAAAGAAGAGUUACUGGAGGCGCUUGACGAGCGCUUCGAGGACAUGAAGAAGAGUCAGAAACCACAACGGGGGACGAGGUUUGCUGCGGAUCUUGGCAAUUUCGAGCCUCCAGGGCCGAGUCCGUUCGGCAUGGAAGAGCCGGGCAUGCAUAUGGAUCCGAGGAUGGCGCAGAGAAGGGGUAUGCCCGCUGACCCGUAUGGUAUGAACAUGGGCGGUAUGUCUGGAAUGGGCAAGAUGGCGCCUGGUAUGGCUGAUCCCAUGAUGGGGAGAAAUAUGCCUGGAACGGGGAAUUUCCCCCCAGGCAUGAACGCCAUGUCUGCCAUGGGAGGAAUGAACCGAAUGCCUCCGGGCAUGAACCCUCGCAUGCCCAUGUCUAUGCCCCCUCACGCCAUGACAAACGGCAUGGCCUUUGAGGACUCGCUGUCCAUCUCCGACAUGGGCAUGGACAAUCCGUAUGCCAUGGGACCAGGCGGAAUGAACCGCAAAGGUCGUAAUGGUGCUGCGCCACCGUCAUCAUCCUGCUCUUCGCACGCAAAGUCCAAGCUGCGAAAUCCCAGCAAAAAGGCAAAGGGGAAAGACUCCGGACAAACGGCAGCAAGACAAGCUUGUGCGGAGACAGAUACAGACGACGACAACGACGCAUACUAAGCCCCUUACACGCCCAGUCCCCAACGCAAUGCAGAAAGAUCCCAACGAACCAGAUUCAUGACAGACAGACAAACAAAAUGUAUGGGUGUCAAAUCAAACUCUACCACAUACACCUUCGCAUUCCCUCCCCUUCUCUUUCCCAACAACGCCAAUAAUGCCAACACCACAAUUCCCCCUCCCCAAGAACCCCCGAUAUAUGCUCAUCACCAAUCACUCACCAAAACCCUUAUCUCCCCUCCAACAUCUCCUCAUCUCUCCGCAAACACCCCGCUCUCUACCAGUCUAUUAUUACAACGCCCACCCUGAAAAUCUGCAAUUCAUUAGCA